AUCGAUCUGGCAGCACCGGGCACAAAAUGGCGAAAUGGAAUGAUGGAAGUGAAGAGUGGAACGACGAGAAUGUGGAACGAAGAGCUGAAAAAAUAAUUAUUAUUUUAAAUUCCGUUUUGCCAGCGAAAUUCCUCUCGCCUCUGCGUCCGUGUGCGGUGCGUGAAAAAGUGUGAAAUAGCGUGGCGAAUACCCUGCCAACAAUCGCCGAAUGUGACAAUGGAGCGGGCAAAGUGCAACGGAGGCAAUAUUGCAGAUGCAAAGAGCAUGGCAUGUCGUCAAAUAGAAUAAAUUAAGUUUUUUGCGAAUUAUGAAAAACCAAUCGCUGUACUCUGGGGUGCGCGCGUAUGCGUGUGUGUGUGUGUGCGCCCGUGCGCGUGUAUUGGAGCGAGCGUAAACGAGCAGAGCGGAGAUAGAAAAACGGAGAAAAGCAAAAAAGCAAAAGCAGAACGAGGCGCAAGCAAAGAAUCUGUCAAAAUACAAAAUAAGAAUUUGCAUUCAAAUUAAUUAACCAAAAUAUAGCCCACAAACCGUAAAAUCUGGCGGCAAAUACGCAUGUUUUCGCAUUCUCUGUGUGUGUGUGGGGGCCAGGCCAGUGUGUAUAAGUGCAGUGUGAGUGCAGUGCGAAGCCAACAACAACAACAAAAACAAAAACAACAAAACUAGAAAAACAACAACGCAACGUAAUACGUAAGGCGGCAAAAGUCUCUUUACUUUAUUUCUUGAAUUUUAUUUUUUUUUUUUUGUUGUAUCUGCUGCUGUUGACGUAUUUGAGAUAUAUAAGUUGCGUGAGCUCUUUCGGAUCGGCUGGGAAUUAUGCAAAAGAGCAACAAAUCGAAGGCGGGCGGCAAACUGCAGCAGCACCAUACAAAUAUAAAUAGCGGAAAGCAGGACACGCAACGCGGCUCAAAGCCUCAACAACAACAACAACAACAACAGUAACAGUAACAACAAGGAAAACCUCACACACACACUCACACACCACCAAGGUGUAGAACAAAAAAAAAAGAAACUCCAAGUGAAUAAAAAAUAGAAUUAAAAAAAUGGCUGCCGUGCGAGGACAUCAGUACUUCAGCCUGCGCUGGAACAACUACCAGAACACAAUGACUUCGGUGUUCCAGCAACUGCGCGAGGAUCUCUCCUUCGUGGACGUCACUUUGUCCUGCGAGCACGGCUCCCUCAAGGCCCACAAGGUCGUCCUCUCCGCCUGCUCGACGUAUUUCCAGAAGCUCCUGCUGGAGAAUCCCUGCAAACACCCCACCAUCAUCCUGCCCGCCGACAUCAUCUUCACCGACCUCAAGACCAUCAUCGACUUUGUCUACCGCGGCGAGAUCGAUGUCACCGAAUCGGAACUACAGGUAAAUAUCGAACGAUUCGAAACGAAAACUACCGUCCAGGUCCAAGACGUGGCUUUUGAAACACAAUUUCUUGGCCUCUUGCGCACCGCCGAGCAGCUGAAAAUCAAAGGACUCUGCGAGACAGCCGAGAACGCCGAUGACCUGAACGACGCGGCCACAGCGACGAUAACUCUGUCGGAGAACAUCCAGCAGGCGGUUGUGGGCAACAUAGUGAAUGCCACCAUUGUUCCCGGGGCACCCUCGCCAUCCCUCGAACAGCAGCAGCAGCAACAGCAACAGCAGCAGCAGGCUCAGCUCCAGGAGCAGCAUCAGCAGCAGCAACAGCAGCAGGUGCAUGCCCAGCAGCAGCAACAACAGCAACUGAGUGGCGGCCUGUUGACGCAACACGGAGUGAGUAGCGGUGGUGCCGUCCCCCUAGCCGGACAACUCCUAAGCUCCACGGCCAGCAGUGGCAGCUCUGCCGGCGGACAGUCAGCAUCGGGCCUGCAGCCCACGCCCCGCAAGUCGCGGCUAAAGCGUUCCAAGUCACCCGACUUGCAGCUGCCACCCGGCGGAAGCAGUUCCGGAGCGGGAUCGAGUGGCUCGUCGCAACAGCAACCACAGCCGGCACACCACCACUCGCAAACGAUUCUCAUUCAGGGCCAGAACCAGGCCUCCAUUGUCAGUCUACAGCAGACGUCCGACGGCAACUACAUACCAGUGGGAGCAGCCGGGAACGGUGACGAAUCGGACACCGAGAACGAUCACGAUCACGGACACCAGCAGCACGGCGGACAUCCGCACGGACACGACCACGAACACUCCCACGCCCACGCCCACUCCCACUCGCAUUCGCAUCCACACUCGCACGACCACGACAACGACCACGAGCACGAGAACAAGCCGAACAAGAUCUGUAAGACGGAACAGUCGGUGGCCUCGCCGGCAUCGAAUUCAUCCGGCGGCGCCUCGAACAAUGCUGCGGGCGUGAGCGGCGUCACAUCCUCCGGCCAAGCCAUCGUCACACAAAUUGUAGUAGCGCGCGACGGAAAAGAUACAAAAAAUAUGACUAGUUUAGGCAUGGGCAUGAACGGCGGCCUGUUGGGCGUGUCCAUGGGAUUCCUGGACUUCACACCCGAGCCACCAGCACCAUCCGCCACCCCAGUCACCGUCACGGAACAUGUCGAUCUGUCCUGCAAUCCCAGUACGGACACACGCGAUCUAUCAAACCCCACCGAACCGCUCGAUAUAGACAAUCACCUGGCCCAGCAGAUCCACCGGCUCGAUCAGUCCCCCAUGCACUCCAUCUCGCACCACCACGGCGACGAAAGCAACUCCAACCUGGUGCACAUCAAGAGCGAGGUGAUCGAGGCCAAGCACCUGGCCGCUGCCCAGCAGCAUGCCCUCAACCAGGCCCAGCAGCAACACGCCCAUCACCAGGCCCAGCAGCAGCAGCAACAGCAGCAGCAGCAACAACAGCAACAGCAGCAGCAGCACCUCCAUGCCCAGCAGCUGCUGGCCCAGAGCCAGGCCCAGUUGCAGCAGCAACAGCAGCAGCACCACCAGCAACAGCAACAGGCAGCAGCGGCGGCCGCAGCGGCAGCAGCAGCAGCGGCCGGAGUGCACGGCCAGCAUGGGGGACAUGUGUCGCACGGCGAUAUCGGUGGCGCCACCGUCAUGGAGAUCGACCCGAGCCAGAUAAAGCACGAGCCGGGCAUGAUCAUAACGCCAGAGAUUGUCAACAUGAUGUCCACGGGGCACAUGGACAUGUACAACUCGGACACGAGCGAGGACUCAAUGAUGAUCGCCAACGGCUCGCCGCACGAUCAAAAGGAGCCGCACUACACGAACUUGGAUCAGCAGCACGGUGGUCUGGGGGGCAGCGUGUGCGGGCCGGGGCCCGGCGGUGCUGGUGGCGGUGGGGGCAUGGGUGGUGGUGCUGGCUCUGGCUCUGGCGAGAAAGGUCAGUUUAAUGGUCCCAAAGCUUGGACACAAGAUGAUAUGAAUUCAGCUUUAGAUGCAUUAAAGAACCAAAACAUGAGCCUGACGAAAGCGUCCGCCAUUUAUGGCAUCCCAUCGACCACAUUGUGGCAACGUGCUCAUCGGCUGGGCAUCGAAACGCCCAAGAAGGAGGGCGGCACCAAGUCCUGGAACGAGGAUGCACUGCAGAAUGCAUUGGAGGCGCUGCGUUCGGGUCAGAUAUCCGCGAACAAAGCGUCCAAGGCGUUCGGCAUCCCAUCCUCGACGCUCUACAAGAUCGCCCGGCGGGAGGGCAUCCGCCUGGCGGCUCCCUUCAAUGCCGCCCCAACCACGUGGACGCCCGAUGAUCUGGAGCGCGCCUUGGAGGCGAUACGGGCGGGAAAUACAUCGGUCCAGAAAGCCAGUGCUGAGUUUGGCAUACCCACAGGAACACUUUACGGACGCUGCAAGCGGGAGGGCAUCGAGCUGUCGCGCUCGAACCCCACACCCUGGUCCGAGGAUGCCAUGAACGAGGCCCUGAACUCAGUGCGCGUUGGCCAAAUGUCCAUCAACCAGGCGGCCAUUCACUACAACCUGCCCUACAGCUCGCUCUAUGGACGCUUCAAGCGCGGCAAGUACGACGUGGUGGCCAACACGAGUGGCGUGGCGCUGCUCAACACCUCGGGCAACACCACCGGCAGCAUUGAGAUUAUCGAGCACAGCCAGGAGAAUUCGUUGCAUAUGUUGCAGCAACAGUUCCCGUACAGUCCGUCGCCGCAUCCGCCAACGCCGCAGCAUCACAGCACGCCGCAGCACCACAGCACUCCCCAAGGACCACCGACGCCGCAGCACAUGCAGCAGCAGCACGUGGUCCACAUGCAACAGCAGCAGCAGCAGCAGUCGCCCCACCCGGGACACCAUCCGCAGCACAUGCAACAGGAUGUGGUGACAUCGAGCAGCCAGGUGGUGCACAGCCAGCAGCAGCAGCAGCUCCAGCAGAUCUAUCAGCACCACGGAACGCCGGAGCGUAGUUGAGAAUCACUGCAUGCUGCAGCACUAAUGGGCAGCACUGCAGGUGGUGGGGGAUCUGGCGGAGCAGGGGGAGGAGGUGGACCUAGUACUAGUGGCGUCAGCAGCACGCCCUUUGCCAGCAUCUCGGCGCUGGUGAGCGCAGGUCCAUCCAGUAACGUUGCCCCACCACCGGCGGUGUCUGCCCCGACGGCGGCCACCGGCACCAGCAAGCGCAAGAAAGCCGGCAAGCAGAAGCGUUGAGAGCGGGUCCACCAAGAGGAGGAAGAGGAGCAGGAGGAGGAGGAUCUGGAAGCGAUCGCCGGUGUGGCCAGGCCCAAGGACAUCAAGUUUAGAUUUAAUUGCAAGCAUUGGAAGCGCCAGCUGCGCCGAUUUCAUUUGCUGUUGUCCAAGCAGGAGUAGUCAGUCAGUUAGAGAGUAGAGAGUCAGUUGUUGACAAAAAAGAGGAAAUCAUUGCGUUAAAAAACGUAAAAAAACCGAAGCAACCACAAAGGUUACACUAGAGAAAAAAGGACAUUAAUUACACAGUCGAGAUGUGUAUAAAAUGUAAAUAUUUAAACCGAGAGAAAUAUGCUUUAUCUACAUUAUACGAAACUUAGAUAUAUUAGGUAUAGGUUUUCAAAGUCCUUUGUUUUUAGCCACGUAAGCGAAAAGAACAGUAAAUAGGAGAGAAGGAUACACAACCACACACACCCACACACACUCACACACAUACACAUACCUUAGACCUGUAGGAGAAAAAAUGAAUUUUUGCUUUGCCUAGGCUCGAAAGUUUUUGAAUUAAGUUUUGGGCUCGCAGUUUUAAGCAGCACUUUGUUAUCGAUGGACAUACAUAUAUAAUUUAUAAAUAUAUAUAUAUAUAUAUUUAAAUAGUUGUAAUCCCUUGACUUGCGAUCCUUCGCCGAACAUUGAAUUCUAGUUUUCCUUCGCCUCUUCUAAACUAAAUUUUUAGUGUCGUUUAGUGUGAGACUGAAAGUGCGCCUAAAACUGUAAAAAGCCCAAAAUUGUAACACGUACGAACAUUUAAGAAGGAAGCAACCAACCCAUACAUGAAUCAAAUGCUUUAUAAUCUUUAUAACAUACUGUUUGAACAUAGAGGAGGAGAUAGGAGGAACGGGAGAAUACCUUAAAAGUAGAAUUAAACCAAAUUAUCAAGGUCCUAGCUAUUAAAAUCAUUAGAAAUUAGACAUAACCAGAGAUACAAGAGUUAUUUGAAUUUAACUGAAAGCGCCCUGAAGCAACUAACUAUCGUUUGAUUUGAUUUUUCAACUGAAUUAAGGAGUAAUUGUAGCCAAUGCAUAAGUGUAGAUUUGAUGGAAAGGAAACACAUGGAAUAAAAUGUAUUUUUGAUAAAACCAGAGAGACAACCCGGAACAGAAGCAGCCCAAGUUGGCAAAAGGCACCGCAAACGUUGUUAAUGUUAAGCACUAAAAUAUUGUCCUUCCGAAAUCGCAUUCAAAACAAAGAUUUAGAACAUAUGUAAGAAAAGCAAAACCCAAUAAAUACACACACGUAUAUAGAUGGAUACAUAAAAACCUGUACAAUUUUCUUAAAUAUUAGUAAAUUACAAACAAAAAAGAAAUGGGGAAAAUCAAAUUUAAGUAAUUACAAUAUUUGCAAAAUACUUUGAAACAGUUCUAGAUUCCCAAAAAAAAAAAAAACAAACAAAAAAAAUUAUCAAAAAAUUGUAUCUAUGUCGGAGAAAGAAAUUAAAUAUUUUGAAUUUGGAAAUGGAUUAUGGAAAGAAAAACGAAAUUUAAAUACAAAUGUAUAAUAGCUUCCACUAGCGUAGCGAAUCUAUAUAAUUAGGAUCCGGCCAUCGGAUCAAGUGUAAACACCCAUCUGAAGUAACUUCAACUAUUUUUUGGUUUCAUCUCAACUACACGUGUCCGAGGAAAUAAUAUUAAAUUUGUUGUAAAUACAUUUGAAUAUAGCUUCUCUUUUUAAUUGUUAGCCGAGGUAGCAGGGGACGGAAAGUAUCUGAAGAAAUUUACAAAAAUCAAAUGUUUCAAAUUAAUUUAUUUUAGCGUUAUAGACCCGUAGAACUGAAUGCAAUAUGCUUACCUUAAACUCAACAUAAUUUAAUUCUAUUCCUAUUAUUUUUAGUUGGAUUCAUUAUGUUUUAUAGCGAAACUGUAUAUCAUUGUAAAUUAAUUAAAACCUACGAAUUAGCAUCUACAAGAGUUAAAUCAACAAUAAAACGAAAAUAUCAUAAUAACUUUGUUAAAAUUGUCGCCAGAGCAAUUAAAAAAUGAACCCAACCAGCUUAGAGUGGAAAAUAUGAUAAAAAAAAAAAAACAAAUCGGUGGAAAUAACGAAGGCGAUUUCACAGAAGCGUAAAAAUAAUAUUACAUAUACAAUUUUAA